UUUUAUACUAAGCAGCCUAGUCGUUCAGUGUUGUAAUGGUAGCAGGCAUACGGCCACAUCAACAUCAUGGAAUCAGAAAUUACGGAUGUGUUGAUAAAUGGUGAUGCUUCGACCAAGAAGGUUAAAGCCGUCCACGGACUGACAAUAUGGACUGCCGCAGUGUUCAUCGUCGGGGAGAUUGCAGGGUCGGGGGUGCUGGCCUUGCCGAGUGCUGUCGAGGGAGCAGGCUGGAUCGGGAUGGUGAUGCUGUUCCUGUGCUGCUUCAUCUCCACCUACACCGGCGACGUGCUGGGGACGGCCUGGUGCAUCAUCCAAGACCGCUAUGAGCAGUACCGGGGCCACAUCAGAUACCCCUACCCGGCCAUUGGGGAGAUCACGUACGGGAAACCUGGAAGGUACCUUGUAUCCUUCUCCAUCAACUUUACCAUGUACGGCGGAGCUGUGGUCUACUUGAUCCUUGCCUCAGAGAACCUCCAGUCACUAUUUGCUGACGUCCACAAAGACAUCUCCUUCUGUUUCUGGUUGCUGAUAGUGGCUGGCAUACUACUACCUUUAUCCUGGCUGGGCACUCCGAAAGAUUUCUGGCCAAUAGCAGUAGGCGCUGCCGUGGCGACAGGCACGGCCUGUAUCAUCCUCACCACAAACAUGGUCAUCGACAAGAAGGACCUCCCCGAAGUCGUUCACGAUACUCCUGGCUUUGUGUCCUUCUUCACGGCGUUCGGCACCAUCUGCUUCGCGUUCGGAGGGCACCCAGCGUUCCCCACCUUCCAGACAGACAUGAAGGACCACAGGCAAUUCGGCAAAGCUGUCCUGCUUGCUUACAUGAUUGUGUUGUGCAUGUACAUUCCUGUCUCUGUAACGGGGUACUUCGUGUACGGGAAAGAUACCCAGCCUAACAUCCUGCAGACGGUGUCGUCGGGCCCCAUGUUGGUGACUGUGCAGAUUCUCGUCACCCUUCAUCUGUUUUGUGGAUUCAUCAUCAUUAUCAACCCUUUUAGUCAGGAAGUAGAGGAAAUAUUCAAAGUACCCCACCAUUUCGGCUGGAAACGUUGUUUACUGAGGACUGUUCUUGUUGCCCUGGUUUUAUUUGGUGCUGAGACGGUGCCCAAGUUCGGCGCUAUCCUGGCACUUGUUGGCGGAUCCACCAUCUCCAUCCUAGCCUUCAUCUGUCCACCCCUCUUCUACCUCAAACUCACCAAGAUGGAGGGGGACUGGGAGAAAAUUGAGGUCCCCCUGCACAAGAGGGUGGCUCUGUAUGAGAUCGUGUUCGUGGGCCUGGUCGCUGGUAUCGCAUCCACGUACUCUGCCUUUGCUGGUCUCCUUGCGCCAGGCGCUUUCACUGUGCCGUGUUAUAUCAACAUCACGGCUGCCAGUGGUUCCUAGGGGUGGGACAGGCGUAGGGUGGGGCAGGUUGAAUGUGGUGGCUUUGGUUGUGGGGUGGGGUCGGGUCGUGGAUGUGCAUCGGGG